UUUCGCGAUUUGACGAAGAAGCCUUAACUUCAAUAAAUCGAGAGACCAUCCCAGGCCAACGACAAUGCGAGUGCUGCUGAGAAGCUUCAUGUGCUUCAUCUUGUUCGUCAUUGCGGGCUCGAAUCCGGAAGAACCAGAAGAAACGUCGCUGUCUGACUGCCAGAUGAACGAGGAACCGGGUGACCCAUGCGCAAGACCUGAUCUUCCAUGCCGGGAGGACGUCAGAGAUGGUCAAUCUCCCUCCCUUGCCAACGACACGAAUGGUAAGGGUUGCUCGGGCUGCGUUUGCAAGCAAGGCUUCCGUCGUUCGGUUUUCGGCGAAUGCGUAGCCGAAAGCGACUGUCGCACUUGUUGGAGUGACCCUUUCUCGGACUACUCCAGCUGCGGCGGCUGUCCGCCCGUGUGCGGGGAGGUCUACCCCGCGCCAUGCCCCAGGAGCUGUACGUCCGGUUGCUACUGCCUCGAUGGAUUCGUCAGGUCAUCGAGGGACGGCGGUUCCUGCGUGCCAGUCGCCUCGUGUCCCCCGAAAUGCCUCUACGAGAACAUGGUGUUCGUAGCGCACAAGUCUUGCUACCCGGAUCGUUGCCACGGCCAGGAGGAUCAAGACUACGGCGCUUACGAGUGCGGACGGCCCGGGUGCGAGUGUUCGCGAGGUCAUCGUCUUCUAGAUUCCUUGACUUGCGUCGCCAGCUGUCCGGCUUAGUAGGGACUCGCUUCGAUUAAGAGACGCCUUAUGUUCCCUAUUAAAUGAGUACAG